CGCGAACUUGAUGGAGGAUGGAGGCUAGGAUGGAGGGGAAGGGGGAGAGUAGGACGGAGAAUGUCCGAGUAUGGUAAGCGACUGCACAGAACCUUGACAGAGCCUGUGCCUCCAAGGCCGACAUUGUUGCUUUCUCAUGUAGUGCGAGGAUUCGCCCGGUGCGUCCAGGUAAGGAGAGCAGCGACAAGUGUGUCGAGAUCCCUGACCACCAGUCCCCAGCUGGUGAUCAGGCUGCUGGGGCCGCAGCGGCAGCAGCUUCUUCCAGCAGCGCGGCUGCAGUAGCCAAGAGGGAUGGCGAUGCACGGCAGCUGCUGUUCAAAGACCCCAGGCACCGUGGGCAGGCAAAACUGUACACGUAAGAUCAUCAAGAUGCUCUAUUCUACCCCACGAAGGCGUGUGUGUAUGUGUCUAGGUUGGACGCUGUGUAUGGUGAGGAUGUGUCUACGAGAGCCAUCUUCGAGAAGGAGUUCCAGCCGUGCAUCGCCGACCUCUUCCAGGGCAUCUCCACCACCAUCUUCGCACACGGGGCGUCGGGCUCCGGCAAGACCCACACCAUGCACGGCACAGUCGAUGGGCAGCCUGGUGUGGCGCAGAUGUGUGUGGAGGAGUUGCUGAGCGUGAGGGAGAGGGAGGGGGCGAGCGUGCGGCUGCUCUUGUCGUUCUUUGAAAUCUACAAAGAGAAGAUACAGGACCUCAUGCAGGUAGGUAUCUGAGGAGCUGGGGAAUGUGUGUGUCGUGUGUGUCCAUGGAAUGGUGCGCUGUUGUUUGCAUGUGUUCAUGGCAUAUGCAGGAGGGUGAGACGGCGUUGAGCAUGCUGCAGGGAGGGGAUGGGCGCGUUGUUAUCAAGGGCCUCACCGAGAGCCCCUUCGAUGACAUCCACUCCUUCGACACAGCAUACAGAAGGUACUACACCACAUUGAAAGUCCUCGUCUGCUUGAGUGUGUGUCUGUCGGUGUCCGCAGGGCGUUGGGCAGGCGCAUAGUCGGCAAAACUAGCCUCAAUGAGGGUGCAGAGAUGGCGAAAUACCGGCCAUGGAUCGUUCCCUUCCCUCUUGUGUGGUGCAUGCAGGUUCGAGUCGCAGCCAUGCGUGUGUGCAGGUGAAGGUUGAGCGGCUCGACAGACAGCAGCAGAUGAAGCGCGGACCCAAAGGUGCCUUACACCGAAUGCACGUACCCACACAAAACGAUGUAUGGGUCUGUCUGGGGAUGCGACGUGGACAUGCAGGUGCGUCGCUGAUGACGUCUCACGACUUCAGCGCCCCUUUGACGGGAAAGCUGAGUCUCGUUGACCUGUCCGGCUCAGAGGACAACCGACAGACAGAUAACACAGGUAUGUGGGUGAGCAAAAGGCAGCUGCAGGGAGACCCACACUGCGACCGAAUACCCAUCAGGCGAGCGCAUGGUGGAGUCUAACUUCAUCAACACGUCGCUGUUCGCUCUCGGUGAGUGAACACACACACAUACACACGGACACACAAAGAGAAUAUGGCCGACGCGUGUGUGCCAUGUGUGUCUGAUGGUGCAGGCAAAGUGAUCGAUGCGUUGAAGAAGGGUCUGCGUCGCGUGCCCUACCGCGAGUCCAAGCUUACCCGACUCCUCGAGGACUGCCUGGGCGGCCGCAACCACGCCACCAUGAUCUGCACGGUAUGUAGCCAUCACGAAUCACACAUCGCUCAGUGGACGUAUAGUUGCCUGGCCUCUAUGUGUGUGCGUGUCUCCGUGCAGCUGAGCCCGUCCAUCACGCACCACCAGGCCACAUACAACACACUCAAACUCUCCACCGAAUGCAUGUAUGUCUACCCCACACUCACGCAUCACACGCUUCUCCACACUUAUUUUUUCAUGUGGCAUUUCUCAGGUCGGUUCAGAACACGGUGGUCAGCGAGCCAUCCGAAGCCGUCCCGGCCCAGCCCCCCGUCGAUCGCAGGAAGCGCCCCCAGCUGGACAACAACCCUCCCCCGCAGGUCGACAAGAAGAAGCCUUCCAAGAAGCGCGCCCCGCAGCCGUCCAUGGCACCCGCCGCCCCACCCACACCGCCCAAACGCCAGCGGCUCGACCCACAGCAGCAGCAGCAGCAACAACAGCAAGAGCAGCAGAAACAGAAGAGGAGGGAGCAGAAGCAGCGAGAACGGCGCAUGUCUCGGAUACCCAUGCCAUCCAUGUCUCGCCGGGCAUCGCGUCAUGUCGAGAGGGGCUUCGUGGCGCCUGGGGGUUUUGGCUGUGGAGCGGGGCGUGCUGGGGAUGUUGGGGAGUUGGAGGCUGCAGAGGCUGAUGAGGGUGCGGCUGGGUAAGAGCAGGAAGAGAGUGUGCUGUGUGUGCAUUUCUCGGUUGGUUUCUCGUGUGGGUAUGCCACCAGUUGGAAUGUAGACCAGGGCAAUCGCAACGAGGAGGGCGGUGCUGUGGCGGCUGCUGCUGCAGCUGGUCCAGCCACGGCGAUCCGUCUGGUGCGUGAAGAUGAGCCCAUGCAGCCGUCACCACCCAACCGUCCCCCACUGGACGAGGACGCAGAGGUAUGCACACACCCAAGAAUCAUGGCUGCCACGGUAUAAUGCGGCGUCUGGCCAUCCGUCCAUCAGGACUGUGUAGCUGAGGCGAUGGAGGCCGAGAAGCGCGGCGACCUGCAGGCUGCCGUCAAACACCUCAAACAAGGUAGGUCAGGCUGACCAAUCGAAAGAUAGAUACGAUCCAAAUGGGUGUGGUGUGGGUGUGUUGCAGCCCUUCAGAUCGGCGGGCCGAGGCUGGCGAAGAAGCGCUUGACCAUCCGUCGUCACAUCGCCAAGCUGGGGGCCAACCACACACAGGAUGGAGACGAACCUCAACAACGGGAAGAAGGACGACACCCACACGCCGCGGCACCUGCCGCCGCUGCUGCUGCUGCUGCUGCUGCUGCCGCGCCCCGCUGUCCGCCCCCUGUCGAUGCUCCUGAAGACAUCGCAGGCCUGCCAGCCCCCAUGGACAUCGAUAUUGACCGACCCGCCAUGAUGCCCAGGCAGCCCCGGAAGAAGCGGCUGCAGCAGCUCGGCGAACCCAUCAUGCCCUCCCGCAUCCCCAGGAGACGCAAGACGCCCAAGCCCGUCCCGCAGCCUCGCGACCCCUCACCGCCACCAGCAGCACCAGAGGAUGAAGGCGAGGAGGACCCUCCGACGGUCAUUCGGCUGUCACGGGGACCCAACAUGAGCAUGGAGCGGAUGAAGAAGCGAAUGGACAACAACCGGCGGCAGCAGCAGAUGAGGGGACGGGUGGGUGUGGAUGCGGAAGAGGGUGACGCAGAGGAGUCCAGGAGGGUUCUCAAGCUGUCGGGCAAGGGCAAGCGGCGGGUCGUGAGGAAGAAGUACCCUCGGGGGGCGGCCGCCGCGAUUGCUGACCACCAGCAGCAGGAUUAUCGUGUUGAUGGGGGCAGGGCAGGCGAGAAGGGGGAGCGGGAGGACGGGGGUGAGGGCGGUGGUGAUAGGGAGCCGUCAGAGUGCAGCAGCGUCGUGGCCAUGGACCUAGACAAUGCCGCUAGGGUAUGCAUGCGCACUUUUACCCACCGAACCACCCAGGCGCAGGUGUUGAUGUGUGCAGGCCAGGUUGGAGUCCAGGUUGCUGGAGAUGAUCAACACAGCAUCUCACAAGGAACUCAAGUCAGAUGGAGACACACUUAGACGGCGACAUGAUAGCCGCGUGUGUGUGUGUGUUUGUGUGUGUGGAUACAGGUCGUUGAAGCGCGUUGGUGACAAGGCUGCCGACGCCAUUAUAGCAUACCGGUCAUGCAACAACCCACUCAAAUCGGUACAUGCCUAUGUGGGCAAAGAGAGAUCUACAACUUCCAUGACCAGAAAAUGGAAUAUUAUGCAUGUUGUCGGCUGUGUGUGGUUGGGCGGGCACGGUGCAGCUGGAUGAGUUGCCAUUGAUCGGCAUCAAUCGGUUCAACUGCAACAAGUUCAUAGCUGACAAUCUCAAGGACAUGGCCAGCAAAGGCAUGCACCACCAUGCCUCUGGCACUGGCGGUGUGGACUGAUACAAAUGGAUGAAUGGAGGAAGGGAUCGAUGGAUAGACACCAAUAUACAUACGUUCGUUGCGUGUAUGGGACAUCCCUG